AUGAAGCUGCUGUGUGCCAUCCUCUGCAUGGGCAGUGCCCUUGCCUCUCUUAUCCCGCACUCCAAUUCUCGUCAACUUCGACUUCCUUACGUUCCUUCUCCUGAUGACCUUGAAUUCGGCGUCACAUGGAAACUUGCUAUGAAUUUUUCCAUUCAAAAUGGAGGCCUAUACGCGAAUAAACACCAAGUCUAUCCUCCAUCAGCGACAAUGCAGCUCCAGGCGCCCCUCUACGAAGGCGCAAGCCAAAAUAUACACAACGGCAAGAUCGUGAAAUUAGCCUACUCGCUCGAAACCCAAACAAUCCACAAAAACGAAAUGGGAACCAUAGCAGAUAUGACCCUCGUUCGAGUCGAGUUUCUCGAUCUGCAGGGCAACCUGAUAUCACCGCACGCAGUAGCCAUCCACCUUCACGUCUGCCAGGAUGGUAAUUACGAAAUGGCCCGUUUCCGUAUCGAACCAGCUCGCACCGGCAAUCAAGACGAUCAUUUCUCCCAGAAGAGUCAGGCGUGGGUGAUGAAGUACUGGAUAUCACAAUUCGGUAACAUUUUCAACAAAAUCGAGAACAAGGCGCCAGCACCCAAUUCAGCCCUGGUUACAAAACCUUCCGCGCUGCGCGAUAAUAGCAAAAUUGUCAGCAGUGAGGUUGUAACCAGCUCUGGGUCUAAGACUCAAUUCUUGCCAGUCUGGUCCACUCCAGCUGUCCUCAACCACCGCCUUGAAUACGGUCGUCCCUACGGCAACCCGGAGCCCAUCAGCCCCUUUAUGCGCAUCGUCUGCUACAUCGUCCUCGCUUUUCUGGGUAUUGUCAUCGGGGUGAUGACUUGCUUGGUUGGGUUCCUCGCAGGACACCUGCUGAUAGCCUUGGGAGCGGGCGUUGAAUGGCGAAAACUACUGGGCCGCAGGUCACGAAUUAUGUUAUUAGAAGAAGGCACGGUUUCUGAAAAGUCCCCCAUGAUAUCGCAUGUUUACAUGACGGACGCUUCCGAGUUGAAUGUAUGA